GUCAGUAAUUCGAGAGCGGCUACAGUAAUCAGUUAUACGCUUGAGUCACUCAGUCGACGCUCAUAUUGCGAUCGAAACUCACAUAUUUUAUAACAACCAGUGAUUUUUGUAUAAAAAUAAUAUCAUAAGGAGUUAUUUUCAUCGAGAUGUUACUGUAGUUGUCAUUUAUUUGUUUGUAUUUUUAUAAUGGUUGCGUAUAAAGUUUGUGUGUUAGUGAGCAUACUUUGUAUGUGUUUUGCUAUUGGAUUUGGUUCAGUCGACAGACCAUGUGCGGCUCGUAAGAUAUCAGGGAAAUCGGUGGUAUGUGUGUGCAACGCUACUUACUGCGAUACUGUCACCCGGGAACCGCUUGCUAGUUACGCAUACAAAGCAUACACUAGCUCACUGAGCGGAUUAAGGUUUAACAAAACCCAGGCUGCAUUGAAACGGCUUAAUAAUACUGACGUAGAAUGUUCUGCAACAACACUAGUGCUGCACCCAGACACGAUGUAUCAGACGAUAGAGGGUUUCGGUGGAGCGGUCACUGACGCCGCCGCCAUCAACUGGAAGAACCUCAGUGAGCCGCUGCAGAAAUAUCUUAUUGACUCAUACUUCAGCGACACUGGGUUGGAGUACAACAUGUUGCGCGUGCCCAUCGGCGGGUCGGACUUCUCCACGCACGCGUACGCCUACAACGAACUGCCCGCUGAUGAUGCACUACUCACUAACUACACGCUCACUAUUGAAGAUUUAAAUUAUAAGAUACCAAUGAUAAAGGCGGGUAUGCAAGCGUCAAGCUCUCCUAUCCACGUGAUUGCGACGACCUGGUCUCCACCUCCUUGGAUGAAGAGCAACAACGCGUACACCGGACACAGCCAGCUCAAGCCGCAGUAUUACCAGACAUAUGCUGAUUAUCAUUACAAGUUCCUUCAAAAAUAUUUAGAGAAUAGUAUCUCAAUAUGGGGCAUCACGACCACUAACGAGCCUACCAAUGGUCUGGUCGGCAUCCUGAACUAUAUCAACGAUCUAGGAUGGACUGCUGAAAGCAUGGGUAAUUGGAUCGUGAACAACCUGGGCCCGACUAUACGUAAUUCGACUUUCAAGGAUGUUAAAAUAUUAACCGGAGACGACCAGAGACUUACGCUUCCCUAUUGGAUCAAUGUGAUGAUAACGGAGCAUCCAAAAGUGCUGGACUACAUCGACGGCAUAGCGGUGCACUACUACACCGACUUCAUAACUCCUUCUGCUGUACUCUCCGAGAUCACCAGGACUUAUCCUGACAAGUUCAUCAUUGCUACUGAGGCUUGUGAAGGCACGAUGCCGUUCGAGAAGCAUCAUGUCGACAUCGGAUCCUGGAUCAGAGCUAAGAAGUACAUCAUUGACAUUAUAGACGACAUGAACCACAACGUAGUUGGCUGGAUUGACUGGAACUUGUGCCUCAACGUGCAAGGAGGUCCGAACUACAUAAAGAACUUCGCAGACUCCCCGAUCAUCGUGUUCCCUGAAAAGAACGCGUUCGUCAAACAGCCCAUGUUCUACGCUAUGGGACAUUUUUCUAAGUUCGUACCGCGAGGGUCACGUAGGAUCGGGGUCACCCGCAAGUGUGGGUGGGGCCCGUCCUUGUGGAGCGUCGCCUUUAUGACCCCUAGGCAGAAUGUGGUCGUCGUCUUGUAUAAUGACCACAACAAAUCAGUGAAGGUUAAUCUCCAGAUAAACGGCAAUGAAGCUACUUUGGUAAUGGUACCCAACUCGGUGACCACUGUGGACUUACCACCAUACCUGUAAAUAGGUAAUUUUCAACUGAUUAGGUAUAAUAUAUGGCUAUAUUUUUUGGAAAAGUUUUAUGAAAAUGUAGGGCUUCUAAAAAACUAUCCGAAACUAUUAACCUACAAGGGGUUACGACAUAAACUACAUUGUGAUUCGCAGAGGUAGGCACUUAUUGACAAUCAGUGAUUUAAGAAAAUGUUGAUGGUGCAUUUAUAUUAAUGUUAAUUAAUAGAUUGUAAGAACGUUUUUGACACAUUUGUUUACAUUUUUUUUUCAAAUAAAUGAAAAACACUUUA